CCGGAAGUGUGAAAGCUGUCAUCAAAACUAUCUUCGGCCUGAGAGGAAGCGGACUGGGCUUGGAGGAGAGCCUCUUGACGCUGUUGCUCCAGUUGAGCUUUCUCAAGAAAUGGUUUGAAGCCCAGUUGCAGAGUCAAGUACCCGAAUGCCAGAGCUCCGACGACCACCACCGCCGAUCUCAUUGCGUUCAUCUUCGCCGUCCCUCCCAUUUCCUCCUCUCUUCCUCUUUCCAGUCUUUUCUUGGAAUCUGGAAGCGGCUGUUUAUUUUGGGAUUCUGAGGGAAUUUAUGGUGGGUCUCUCGGCUGCUGUAAUCAGGAGGCAACAGUUCUUGAUAAGGUGUUUAGGUGGUUAUAGUGCUAGAUGCAAAAAUCUUAGCUAUACCACAAUAAAAAUGCAAUCUUUAAUGAGUGGUGGAGGCUCUUCUUUGGAGGUUGAUGCUAUCAGCAUUUUGAGAUCAAUCACUCCGUCUCUUGACCCUUCGAAGCAUAAAGGACAAGCUGGGAAAAUAGCAGUUGUAGGUGGUUGCCGAGAGUACACUGGUGCACCAUACUUUUCUGCUAUUUCAGCUUUGAAAAUUGGUGCUGAUUUGUCGCAUGUGUUCUGUACAAAAGAUGCUGCUACAGUUAUAAAAAGCUACAGUCCUGAGUUAAUUGUGCACCCCAUUCUUGAAGAAUCAUAUAGUGUUAGGGAUGAGGAUAAGAAAUCAAUAUCAGCAAAAGUUAUUCAAGAGGUUGAUAAGUGGAUGGAGAGAUUUGAUUGUCUAGUUAUUGGCCCAGGCCUUGGAAGGGACCCUUUUCUCCUGGAUUGUGUGAGUGAUAUAAUGAAGCAUGCAAGAGAAUCCAAUGUCCCAAUGGUUAUAGAUGGGGACGGGCUUUUCCUUGUUACAAAUUGUCUUGAUUUGGUCAGUGGUUAUCCCUUGGCUGUUCUGACUCCCAAUGUUAAUGAGUAUAAGCGCCUCAUUCAAAAAGUUUUACAAUGUGAAGUAAAUGAUCAAGACGGAACUCAGCAGUUACUUUCUCUUGCGAAAGGAAUAGGAGGUGUGACCAUUUUGAGGAAAGGAGGAUCUGACUUUAUCAGCAAUGGUGAAACAGUCAGUGCGGUCAGCACUUUUGGUUCUCCACGUCGCUGUGGUGGCCAGGGAGAUAUACUUUCUGGAAGUGUUGCUGUGUUCAUUUCAUGGGCCCGUCAACAUGCAGUUAAAAAGGAGUUGAGCAUGAGUCCUACAGUUCUGGGGUGCAUUGCCGGGUCUGUUCUGUUGAGAAAGGCUGCUUCAUAUGCAUUUCAGACUAAAGGAAGAUCUACUCUUACCACUGAUAUAAUUGAACACUUGGGAAGAAGUUUGGAGGAAUUCUGUCCAGUUAGUCGACAAUACUCAUAGCUGCAGUAUUGAGUUGAAGGAAGUGUCAUUCAGGCAUUUCCCCUGGUACCGACUUGAGAAGAGGUCAAAGUAUUAGCCUGAGGCACUAGUUCUUCAAGGUUCCGGAAAAAUAAUCUCCAUGCGCCUGGACACUUUUGGAGGCACUAGACAACGGGAAUUAGCCUGUUAUGAGAAGGAACCACAUGUAGUUUGUUUGAAGUAUUUCCGAGUCUUCAGAUGAAUGGAUUCGCUGACAAUUUUCCUAGUA